GUGCCUCAAAUAGCCCCAAUUGGUUGAUUAAGUUUAUUUAUUAUCUUUUCAAUUACUUUUAUCUUGUUUAGUAUAAUAAAUUAUUAUUCUGUAAUUCCUAAAACACCUAAAUCAGAAAUUUCAAGCAAGUAUUCAACAACUUCUUUAAACUGAAAAUGAUAA